AUGGACUUUUUAAUAGGAGGACUUGCCGGUGCAGGCAGUUCAAUAUUUAUUAAUCCCAUCGACGUUGUGAAAACAAGGCUACAGUUGCAAGGAGAAUUACGCUCCGGAUCUAAAACGGCAACAAAAUAUAAAAGUACCUUUCACGGUCUAUAUGUCAUCGCGAAGACCGAAGGACUGUUAGCUCUACAGAAGGGAUUAGUGCCUGCAAUGGUGUUGGGGUUUCUCGUCAAUGCUUUAUCGCUAGGAAUAUAUAGCAUGGCAGAAGCUAAAGGCUAUACGAAGAACAAAAAUGGCGAUGUCAAUAUUAAGAAGUCCAUGUUCUGGUCAGCUACGGGCGGUCUGUUGGGUGGUGUAGGUUGCAACCCUUUAUUAGUUGUAAAGAUUAGAUUGCAGUCAGCCGGUCACCCAAGCAUAGCUGUAGGAAGACAGCAUGUAUAUAACGGUUUGUUAGACGGUUUAGUCAAACUACAUAAGUUUGAAGGUUUAAGAGGUAUUUUCGCAGGUGUAACGGCAACUGCCACACGGCUGGCUAUUGGCUAUUCGGCUCAACUCACCACAUUUUCGAAAGCAAAGGAAUUGCUAAUAUCCCACGGCCACUUCAAGUCUUCACCAUUUGGAUUAGCUUUUGUGGCUAGUUCAGUAAGCGGCAUUGCCGUAGUCCUGGCCAAUUGUCCUUUUGACGUCGUCGCUACCCGGUUAUACAACCAAGGUAAUGCACCAGGACGUAAACUUUUGUAUACGGGAAUUCUAGACUGCCUAAUGAAAAUAUACAAAAUAGAAGGUCUACACGGAUUGUAUAAAGGGGUUGGACCACUGUACAUAAAGCUAGCUCCAAAUGUAACUAUCUCCCUCGUCAUGUGGGACUUUCUUCAACGUUUGCUACGAAGCAAUAAAACGAAUUGA